AUGCUCGUAUCCUCAGGACUCGCAGCCCUUGGCUACAUCUAUGUCAACAUCGAUGAUUGCUGGCAAGCAGACUCUCGAGACUCUGAGGGCCGCCUGGCACCAUCCCCGGACGCAUUCCCUUCGGGCAUCAAGGCGCUAGCAGAUUAUGUGCACAGCAAGGGGCUCAAGCUGGGCAUCUACUCCGACGCUGGCAUUCGCACGUGCGCACUCAAGCCGGGCUCACUGUGGCAUGAAGCAGUGGAUGCUGCCACCUUUGCUGAAUGGGGAGUGGAUUAUCUCAAGUACGACAACUGUUACAAUGAUGGAAGUCCCAGCAAGAAGCGCUAUACGACCAUGCGCAAUGCGUUAGAGGCCACUGGGAGGGACAUUUUCUUCUCGAUGUGCGAAUGGGGACAGGAUCUCCCUGCUCUGUGGGCGUAUGGCGUGGCAGACACGUGGCGCACCACCCGUGACAUCGAGGACACGUGGAGCAGCAUGAUGCGCAUUGCAGACAUCAACAACAAGUGGGCCAAAUACGCCAAGCCAGGCGGGUGGAACGACCCGGACAUGCUGCAGGUGGGGAAUGGACACUCCCUCAUUCCCCCUAUCCCCAACCCGUAUCAUGACCCUGCCUUUGCUCUCCCUCCCCGACCCCCCUCUCCCCCAUCAGACCUGGACAUGCUGCAGGUGGGGAAUGGCGGCAUGAGGGAUUCAGAGUAUCGUGUGCACUUCAGCCUCUGGGCCAUCAUGAAGGUGCGAUGGGCCAUCAUGAAGGUACGAUGGGCCAUCAUGAAGGUACGAUGGGCGAUCAUGAAGGUGACGCGGGCGAUCAUGGAGGCUCCACUCACAGGCUCCACUCACAGGCUCCACUCACAGGCUCCACUCACAGGCUCCCACCCACCCGCCUAUCUGCCACCAGGCGCCUCUCCUCAUUGGCUACGCCUUCCGCUUACGUCCUCCCACCAGGCACCCCUCCUGAUUGGCUGCGAUCUCUCUGCUGCCUCGAAUGACACCAUGAGCAUUCUGAGCAACAAAGAAGUGAUUGCCGUCAACCAGGAUCCACUGGGAGUACAGGCACGGAAGGUACAAUUCUCCAUUGACUCCCUGGUGGAGGUCUGGUCCGGGCCUCUCUUUGAGGGUCGGCAAGUAGUGGCAUUGGUGAAUCGUGGUGAGAGGAGCGAGAAUGUUACCGUCAGCUGGAAAUCAAUAGGGCUGAAUCCGGUGCAGCAGAUGUAUGCGCAAGACCUCUGGGAGAAAUCCACCUUGGAUUCUGCCGUCUCUGGAGGGCUGAGUUCUCGAGUUGAGAGCCAUGGCGUGAGGCUGUUUGUUCUCUCGCCCACACCAGAUGUCUAA